CAAACAUACGGAGACAUAGCGCAGGGUUGCCUUGAUCAAUACCUCAUCUCGCUCGAAGACAGCGACGGGGACGUGUUCUACAUAAGCCAACUCCGGCGCAAGAUGGACGAGUCUCGCCUGCAGGCGAGGAGCGCGCGGACUGACACCGCUGUCGUUGCAGCGCAGCUGAAGGCAAUCGAAGAAGGUGAGGGGUCAAUGACGGGUAAGGUGCGCGAGCAGGCGGCGCUCCUCUACGAGUACGAGCAGCGAUGGGCGCAUGAGAAACCGAAGAGGAGCCAUGCCUGA